UCCGUGUCGUUCCGCUACCACCUGUGGCCGUCGCGAUCGCGCGUCCCAACGCCGCCAGCGACAGUAGUGUGCGUCGCGAGCCUCCUCAUAGACACACAACGCGUGACAGCUCCAGGACAACGCGACAGCGAUCUCUGCGGUGCCGACGACUCUAACACAACGGAUUGUUAUCAAAAGUGCGGGUUGUGCCAGUGCCGGGAUGUAAGAGGACGGCAAGGAAGGCUGUUUGAUUGGACGCGGACAAGAAUAACCCUGCAUGGUCUCUGAUUGUACCUGGUGAUGAGUCAAAAGUAAAUAAGGGCAUGCAGUCCACACCGAUGUUGAGGUCUUUAAGUUCGGAAUCUUCACAUAAAAGGGAAUGGAAACAGCGUCUCAGUCUCCGGGAUAAUCGCAGGAGAGAUCCGGACUCGGGCACCUUGCGGAGAGGCGGGGUGCGGAGAUGGACCAGCCUGAAGCAACACCCCAAGUUCGGUACGGAGCCCCUGAGCGAGACGACGGGCACGAGUACCUCGCUGUCGACGCCUUCGUCGACGGCCAACACCAGCCCUCUGCCCGCCACCAGCACGGGAGGCGGCGGCGAGGUCGCUAGGAAGAGCAACUGGCAGGUCAUCGAGCACUUCAGCUCCAAGGAUAAGGGCAGUCUGUCUUCUAGUCUAAUUGCCGUCGGCAGCGUUCCGCGAUCGCCCCCGGUCCGCGAAAAUGGCUCCGCCCCCAAUUCCAGCCCAGACAUCGAAGGCCUCGAGGUCGAGGCCGAGCUGCUCGUCUCCUCGAGCGGGCCGAAGCAGGCGAACGGCGUGUUCGCCAAACUCAGAAGACUCAUCAAGAAACUGUGUAGUACUCAUCAGUUUAGGAACGAACAGGUGGAGAUGUUGUACCAGAGAUAUUUUUUAAAGAUGAACCAAAGCAAUAUGACGAAUCUGAUCUCGCUUCUGCUGCUGCUCUGCAUCGGCUUCUUGAUGGUGGCGGCGAUAGACUUCGCGCUGCCGCGCGAGGAAGACGCCUCGAAAAUACAGGCAGGGUCUGACAGAUUGGAGAAGUUGCUCGUUCUAAUGUGUACGACGGGCUGUUGUAUAGCCAUCUAUGGAGUGUUACUCACCGUGGUUUCCAAGCCCACGAUGAACGAAGUUUACUUAAUCAUUAUUUCGUACUUCAUCUUAGUUACUUUUUUAACUUUAGAGAUAUGCAUCGCGUUCAUUUUCGAGGACGACCGGCCCCUUAUGGGGACGGCCUUCGCCCUGUCCUCCACUUACCUCACCUACGCCCUGAUGCCAAACCGACUGAAAGACGCUUUAUUAUCCGGAACCAUCAUGGCCGUUACUGAAAUCAUCCUGCUGCUGUACGUCGGGAGACUGACCAGAUUUUCAGAGGUCGGCAGCUGUUUCCUUAUCUUGCUUUGUGGGAACGUCGCCGGCGUGUGCACCCAUUAUCCCCGGGAAGUGGCCCAGAGGAAGGCCUUCUUGGAGACGAGGCAGUGCAUCGAGGCGCGGCUCAAGAUACAGAGAGAAAAUCAACAACAGGAACGCUUGCUGCUGUCUGUGCUUCCCCGCCACGUAGCUAUGGAGAUGAAGGCCGACAUCGCCGGACAGCCCAAGCAGGAGCAGUUCCACAAAAUCUACAUACAAAAACAUGAGAACGUGAGCAUCCUGUUCGCCGACAUAUGCGGGUUUACAACUCUCUCAGAUCAGUGCACGGCGGAGGAACUGGUUCGAAUAUUGAACGAGCUCUUCGCGAGAUUUGAUCGACUGGCGGCCGAGCACCACUGUCUCCGCAUCAAGCUGCUGGGAGAUUGCUAUUAUUGCGUCUCUGGCCUGCCCGAGGCCAGGCCCGAUCACGCUCACUGCACCGUCGAGAUGGGCCUCGACAUGAUCGACGCCAUAGCGCUGGUGCGAGGCGUGAUGAAUGUGAACGUCAACAUGCGGGUGGGCAUCCACACGGGUCGCGUGCACUGCGGCGUGCUGGGCCUGAGGAAGUGGCAGUUCGACGUGUGGUCGAACGACGUCACUCUGGCCAACUAUAUGGAGAGCGGCGGCAUCCCGGGGAGGGUCCACAUUACCAAAGAGACCCUUAAAUUUCUAGGGAAUGACUACGUGGUGGAGCCGGGCAACGGGGGAGAACGUAACUCUUACCUUAAGGACCACAACAUCGACACUUACCUCAUCGUGGCUCCAUCCUACAGGGGGGACAGUUCGGUGCCGUACCAGAACCACCCUAUGAACGGGAACGUGGCCAAGGAAAUGAGGAUAAUGGGCCACGGGUCCCAACACGGACACUCGUCGAAGCUAGGCUUUAACGAGCCGCCGGAGAGAGAGAAGAAUCCUGAAGACGAGGUAAACGAGUACUUGAUGAAAGCCAUCGACGCGCGCAGCAUUGACAGAUUGCGGUCCGAGCAUUGCAGGACGCUGCUGCUUAAUUUUAGGGAUCCUCUAAAGGAGGCGAAGUAUGUCCUGGAAAAGGAUCGGAUGCUCACCUUAUACUUUUUUUGUUCCACUAUUUGUUUCGUCACAAUUGUCCUGGUACAAAUAGCUUUAUUUAGACGUAACGACACUGCAAUAUUGUGUUCAGUUCCUAUAGUUUCGUUGAUAAUUUUCGUCCCCAUUUUAGUUUACAUGGAAAACAUGAACAAACAGAAUUCGCAGUUCAAGCUGUUUGCUCUUUCGAGGAUAAUCCAGAAGAAUCGAAGCGUUGCUCAAAUCUUUUCUUCCAUCAUGGGAGUUUGUAUAUAUGGGUUAGUUAUGCUCCAGGCGUUAUCUCUUCCGAUUGAGAUCCAAUGUUUAAACUCAACACUUGUCGGUGGGCACAACUGUACCAGUUACUUGAAUGUAUCGUUAAACAACGAUAACGGAAAUAAAGACUGUAAACCUUAUUUUUUAGUAGAUUACCUUCUACUCCUCGUUCUGGUCUCGAUGAUAGCGUGCGCCGUCUAUCAGAUCCUUAUCUCUCUACUGAAGACAAUCAUCCUACUGGGCGGCCUGGCCGGCUUCGUGUCCGUCUAUCUCAUCCACUCCAAAGAAAUGCACUCCAUUCCCUGUCUGUUCAGGAACAGGCGUUAUCUGUCAUGGUUGGUUGUUUGCAGCGAUCUCACUUUGACUCAGCAGUACGCAAACGUCAUCAUACUGGCGGGUUUCGUCAUCGCCCUGAUAGUGCACGGCCAGCAAACCGAAGCGACGUACCGGCUGGACUUCGUCUGGAAACUGCAAGCCACGGAGGAGAAAGAAGAUAUGGAACAUCUCGAGGCCUACAACAGAAAACUGCUGGCCAAUAUACUUCCUGUCCACGUGGCAGAGCAUUUUCUGAACAGUCCCAAAAACAAUGACGAGCUCUACCACGAGCAGUGCGACUUUGUAUGCAUCAUGUUCGCAUCCAUUCCUAAUUUCUCGGAGUUCUACGUAGAGCUGGAGGCCAACAACGAGGGGGUGGAGUGCCUGCGGCUGCUGAACGAGAUCAUCGCUGAUUUCGACGAGCUGUUGUCCGAGGAACAGUUCCGCUACAUCGAGAAGAUCAAGUCCACUGGGGCCACGUACAUGGCCGCCUCAGGAUUAACUCAAAACACGUGCGACAUGCAGAGCUUCAAGCACGUGACGGCAAUGGCGGACUACGCCCUGAGGCUGAAGGAGUUGCUGGAGGAAGUGAACGAGCACUCGUUCAAUCACUUCAGGAUCCGUAUCGGGAUUAACGUGGGCCCCGUGGUGGCGGGCGUCAUAGGGGCCAGGAAGCCUCAGUACGACAUCUGGGGCAACGCCGUCAACGUGGCCAGCAGGAUGGACAGCACAGGCGUUUGUGAUAAAAUCCAGAUAACUAAAGAAGUUAACCAAAUUCUCCAAGCCAAAGGUUACCCGACGACGUGCAGGGGAUCGAUAGAAGUGAAAGGCAAAGGUUCCAUGGAAACUUUCUUCCUGGAGGGGCCGGCUAGAACUCCUCAAGGACCUAAUAUAACCGUGAACCCUCUAGCUAAUAUUAACUCUGAUAGUAAGAUGUCUCAAUUUGAAAAACCUAUGACAACUGUGUUAGGAACAAUUUCCGAAAAGAAUUAAGUUAUUUAUUUUUUACUUUGUUAUUUAACGUAGCUUCCUGCGUAGGAUCCGAUGUGUUGUGUACAAACCGACAAUAAUUUUCAACGAUGCAAUAGAAGGGAAGGGGGGUGCCGGAUGUUACGCAGGAAGUUCUCUUAGUUUGAAAUACUCCUGUAAAUACUGUUAUUUCCAAAUUUAUUUUUAUGUAUAUAUUAUUUUUUAAUAAAAAAGGAAACUCUUCUCUGA